AUGACAUCGCGGCCGUUUGUUAAUACUUUUAUCCAUCUCAGCUCUCCGUCGGCCAGUCAUUGGUCAGAUCACACAAACCUCAUACAUGCUCUGUUUGCAGCUGAGUUUCCAGGCCGAGGGCGGCAUCCGCGUUGCUCUGAACAGAUGAGGGGGCUGGGCUUUGCGGCGCUAUCGUUACAUGUUCUGUUGUGCCUGGCUAAUGGCGUUUCCUCUCGCCGCACGAGCUCCUACGUGCGCUCGGAGUUCCCGUCCACCGAUAUGCCUCUGGACAGCGAGUGGUUUGCGACUCCCAAGGGCUACAAUGCUCCACAGCAGGUUCAUAUCACGCAAGGUGACUAUGAUGGAAAGGCUGUCAUAGUAUCAUGGGUCACUCCGUCGGAACCUGCGCCGAGUCAAGUGUUUUACAGUAAAGAAGAGAACCGCUAUGAUCAGAAAGCCGAAGGGACAAUGACAAAUUAUACAUUUUACGACUAUAAAUCUGGAUACAUACACCAUUGCCUUGUUGAUGGCCUUGAGUACAACACUAAAUAUUAUUACAAGAUAGGUACUGGAGAUUCAGCUCGAGAAUUUUGGUUUCAAACACCUCCAGCAAUUGACACAGAUGCAUCAUACACGUUUGGCAUCAUAGGUGAUCUGGGGCAAACAUUUAAUUCUCUAUCAACUCUUCAACAUUAUUUGAAAAGCGGAGGAGAAAGUGUUCUAUUUGUUGGGGAUUUAUCAUAUGCUGAUAGAUAUCAACAUAACGAUGGUAUUCGUUGGGAUUCUUGGGGUCGAUUUGUUGAACGUAGCACUGCAUAUCAGCCAUGGAUAUGGAAUUCUGGAAAUCAUGAAAUAGAAUACAGGCCUGAUCUGGGAGAAACUUCUACAUUUAAGCCAUAUCUGCAUAGAUAUUCAACACCAUAUUUGGCAUCGAAGAGCAGCUCCCCAAUGUGGUAUGCAGUCAGGCGUGCAUCUGCUCAUAUUAUCGUGCUCUCCAGCUAUUCUCCUUUCGUAAAAUACACUCCCCAAUGGAUGUGGCUGAGGGGUGAACUCAAGCGUGUGGACAGGGAGAAGACACCUUGGCUUAUUGUUCUCAUGCAUGCUCCCAUGUACAACAGCAAUAACGCGCAUUAUAUGGAGGGCGAGAGUAUGAGGGCUGCUUUCGAGAAGUGGUUUGUCAAGUACAAGGUGGACUUGGUGUUUGCAGGCCAUGUCCAUGCCUAUGAGAGAUCGUACCGGAUAUCUAAUAUCAACUACAACGUAACAUCUGGGAACCGAUACCCGGUGCCAGACAAAUCCGCUCCCGUUUACAUCACGGUUGGCGAUGGAGGCAACCAGGAAGGACUCGCCUGGAGGUUCAAUGACCCGCAGCCGGACUACUCGGCAUUCAGGGAGGCGAGCUUCGGGCACUCGACCCUGCAGCUGGUGAACCGGACGCACGCCGUGUACCAGUGGAACCGGAACGACGACGGGAAGCACGUGCCCACGGACAACGUGGUGUUCCACAACCAGUACUGGUGA